AAUGGAGUUAAUGUGUCCAAGAGCAGCCUUUCUAAUGAAUGUCGGGAAAAAUGAUCUAAUACUUUAGAGGGCAUUGAGCUUUUGUUUCAUGUGAUGAUUGGGGGGAAGUCAGGGAUGAGAAAAAACUGCACAUCAAAGGCUACAUGAACCUUUAAUGAUCCUCCUGUGUAGCACCCCAGUUUUAUUAGGAUUUUAGGGGUAUGUGGGCAACGACAGCCGCUCCUGUCUUCCAUGUUGUCCUAUGGGAGGAGUAGGAUUAGGAAAAGGAGAAGGAAUGGCAAUGAAGAAGACCACCAUCUUCCCCCCCAGACCAAAAGGAGUAGUAGAAACCCUGUCUUUCAUGAGUCCUGGGACACAGAGACAGUACCUGUAACGAAAAACAGUAAAGAAAACAGACUAAGAGGAAACAAAGUGUUCUGCGCGUCUUCGAGCAGCGAUAGCGGCGGCAGCAGCAGCAGCAGCAUCAACAGCCCGGACAGGGCAAGCGGGCCGGAGAGCAGCUUGAACCACAUGGGCGCCGGGUCCGGCCCUAACACCCCUCAGCCUGUUCCUGAGCAGUCUGCACUGUGCCAAGGCCCUUACUUCCGCAUCAACCAGACCCUGAAGGAGGCCCACUUCCACAGCCUACAGCACCGGGGACGGCCUCCGACAUGAUGUGCCGGCGGUUUCUUGCCUUCUGUGAAGGGACAGCGCUGUGCAGAUUUGAUAUUUCAACUUACGAUGUUUUAAAAAAUUGCACAAAAAUAUGCCUGUUGGCUUUUCAGUCUAUAUUUGAAAGAGCAGGUUAACAGGCAGUUGUUUACUUGUGGUUUUGCUGCACUAUUGCAAUUUCAAAGGGGCUUCGAAGCAAUUUUUUAUAGGAUUCUUUUGAGGGUGGGUAUCACAUCCAUGUCGAGGUAACGGUAUGAGGAAAUCUCAUCUGCGUGUUGAAUCCAUAGUUUGUCCAGUUCAGAUUGGUUUCCAAAUCUGUCAAUUAGAAAUUCUACUUCAUGUAAAAAGGCCUUUUAACAAUGCGGGAUCUUCAAUUUUUUAAAUUCAAUAAAUCAGCAAAGAGUAUCUAGUUUCCAUGAAAAAAACCUAAGUUUUUUUUUCCAAAAUUUAGAAAGCUUGAUUCAGUCUUGCACUGAAAUUAACUGCCAUACUACCUCUUAGUAUGUAGACAUCCUGUUGAAAGUACGCUGUCCUUUCUAACAGGAGAACAAUCAGAUCCAAGUUAGACCGCGGAAGGGAAGCACCCUUGCUAAUAACCAUCUUCUCUCUUUGUUAUAUAUUUGUAUUUCCAGAGAGAAUCUCUUUCAGACUUGUAUACCCAGAUAACUUCUGCUACCGUUACUCCUCCAAAGCCUACAUCUCAGACUUAGUAGAAAACACUGCACAGAUCUGACAGUCGAGAAGUACAUAACGAAUGACCUUUGUCUUACUCACAGACUUGUUCUGCCAGCAGCUUCUGUGAUCUCACUGGGAGUCCGCCUUGGGGGUCAAGAAUUCAGGCGCUGCUGAACGCUGACCAAGUGUAGGCUCUCUGAACUGCUGUCUGAAGUCACAAGUAUCAUGAAACUGUCGGACAAGGAUUCACUUUAUGCUUAAAGCAAACCCCCAACAGUAAUUCGGGGGCCACAUUCCACCGCUGAAACUGGAAAGACUGGUGUGGCUUAGAAAUAAAUGAGCAGAGGCACCGUUAGAAGAAGCGAUGUAGUAUUUAUUUAGAGAGGGAUGGCUAUGUUCCCAUGUUAUUUAGUCAUACUAGAGAGCCAACCUAGCUUGAAUAACGAAGGCGUAGACGCGUCUUCUUCCUCACUGACCAGCUGUCUGAACAAGGAGCCAGGGUGCGUCGGGUCACCUGCUCGGGAGAGUGCCGGGGGGCCAACCUGCCACGCAUGUAGAGGAAAGUGCCUUAGAGUCUACCCAGACCCUCCUGCCUGUUCACCCCCCGCCACUGCACUCGGAGUCCACACAGCACACACGAGCAGAUCUGAGAAGCACGGAGAGCUCUAGGAAGGGGCCUUUGCUCUUUGUCAAGAUUGGCAAAGGCCGUCGGGGACAAAAUGCGAUUCUAUUAUGUGACACAACUAACGCUUCCAGGUGAGAACUCUCCUGGGAAAAGGGUAAACAUAUGUACCUCCUUUCCCUGGUCGGUUCCUCUCCUACGGACAGGACUUACGGUCAGUUACUUGAAGAGACAUUCCGAGUUCGGGGGGGAAGUUCUGGCACAGGCCCAUGCUCAUGGAGGGGAUGGUCUGUGCAGGAACUCGUUCUCUUCACUACCAUCUCCCACAUUUGACAACCAGAUGUUUGAUGAGAAUCUGGGUCUUAAUGGGUUUGAUGGCGGGGAAGAUGGAAAGGAUACGUUGCUAAUAUUUUGUCUCACAAGAAAGCAAACACAACUAAAUGCUGAAAGAAGACAAGCUGUUUGGGCUCAAACGCGUGUACACAACACAACUCAGAAAUACCCAGGAGGACUCUUGCGGGCUUAAUGGAUGGCAGUCAACUGAAACAAAACGCGCAUUAACAAGAAAAUGUCAAACUCAGAGCAAAUUCCCUUUAAUUUCCCACCCAACUGAAAGAAAUGGAAGAGGAAACCACCACCAGAACAGAAUGGUUUUUUCCCCCAAACAAGUACAGUCAUCACGCUGGGUAGAGUUAACUCUCUCACCCUACAAGAAAUAAUCUCCGUCCUGUCCUGCCUCUGUUUUACAGCCUUGGCAGUCUGAGAGAACGUUCCUAUUAUGAGGCUACUUGACAGUGUAAAUGGGCAUCUUUUAAAACUUCUAUCAGCUCGAGCUAGUGAAACCUUGUACUUCUCUAUUGCGCCGCCAUUAAAAGCAGCAUUAGUGCA